AUGGCGCUCGCGCCGCUCCCUUACUUCUCGGAAGGCUGUACGAGCCGAACUAGCAUCAUCUUCCCCGUGAGUGCCAAGACUGACUGCCGUUUGGUGUUCGGCACAGCAAUGUUGGGGAGCUCAUGCAACAAGCUUCGUUUCAACGAGGUCCGACCGCGAGAUCGGUUGACCGACCAGUAG